AAAAAAAGUCUGCAGAGAGUAUAUAUACAGAGUAUUGAAGGACUGAACAGGAUAGUUGACGAACAGCAGAGAGUAAAGGCCAAGCGGAAAAUAAUUUUAUUUGUAAAUCCUUCUUUCAAUAAAACAACGGCUGGUAAACAGAUUGACAGAGAACAAGGUCAUACAACUCAAUGAAGAAUUCAAACGUCAAACGCGCUUCCAUAAUCCUUUGAGAACACGCAUAUCUUGGAAGAGUGAAAGUUAUAUACGAUUGAUAUCUGUUUUACAUAUAAGAAGCAAAGUUGAGAACUCUUCUUAUUACUGUGAAGAAAGUCACAAUAUACACAAAUACUUUGUGAGUGCUGAAAAGCUGGAAAAGGAUUUUGAACUGAGAUAACCUUAUAGAUUUGAGCAUCCUAUUUGACAUAAAACAAUUCUACCAGUAUAAAGUCACAAGAGUCGUUGAUCUUGAUCUGUAAGCUCGACAUCUUUAAGCUCGACAGACUAUACAACGGGUAAUCUGAAUUAACUGGAAUCCGGCAAGUCUAUUCCAACAUGGCGACAAUUUCAAACACAAGCAACUCGUUCGAAGACAACCACACAAUAUUUGGUGAAUGUUUAAAACUCCCUUACUACUGUGGAAAAGUUGAAAACUGGAUGGUAGCAACAAAUAUAUUCUUCAUUCUAGUAAACAUAAUCUCAUGUCUUAUAACUCUGGCUGCGAACACCGUAUUCCUUGUCGUCUAUUUCAGAACGCGUUCCUUACGAAAUCCGCAUUAUUUUUUUCUUAUGCUUUUGGCGGUCACUGAUAUCAGCGUGGGGUUGAUCUCGCAACCGCUAUUGAUCGCGAGAAAAUUCAUGGAAAUCUACAGUGUUCACGAUUGCGUAUUAUGGACCGCAAUGAGAGCGAGCGUGUACUACUUCUCAGGGAUAUCGUUCCUCACCAUUACCUUGGUCAGUAUCGAACGAUGGUUCGCUGUCUGUCGACCAAUCAAACACCGUCGCGACGUCACGCCGAAGCGGAUGGCUGUGGUGGCAUUCAUAGUCUGGGCAGUGUGGUUUAUAUUUCCCGUCGUGCGUUUCGCUUUGCCGAAAUUCUAUCGUGCUUUUGGAAUGCUGGUUGGUGGAAUUAUUGUGGUAAUUUUUGUAAUCAACACCCGACUCUACCUGAAAAUUCAACGUAGCGUGCGGGAUGGAAAACUUCGAUUCUCCGGCAAAGAACAACAGAAGAAUUAUACUAAAGGGGAAGUCAACUUCAAAAAGGAAGGACGAAUGGCCAGAACGGUUGCUUUGCUCUUGGUUGUGAUGGUGUUAGCCUACCUGCCCACGGCUAUUGGUUUAACCUAUAAAGCACUCCGUGGGGUUAAUACUGUAUAUCUUUUUGUAUUUCUACCGCUGGCAGAUACAUUGGUUCUUAUAAAUUCAUCAUUUAAUCCUCUGUUUUACUGUUAUAGAAAUGCCAAUAUACGUAUGGCUAUUACAAAAUGUAUGUCGUCACUAAAUACUAGCUCGGUGAAUUGUGAUUCGUCGUUCAAUAAUCAGGCAACGUCAAAAAUGUGA